AGUAAGGGCGUGCCACCGGGUAUAAAAGUCCGUUCGCGAUUUGGACUUCAUCGUAGUUCCUUCUCACGACUGCAUCAACAUGUUCUUUGUUGUCGCCUUUUUCGCCUUGGCUGUUACCGCAGCCCAGGCCACUUUCGGAGGUCACGGCCUCGGUCAUGGAUAUGGCCACGCCUCUAUCGGCUCCUCCUAUGGACACGGAUAUGGCCAUGCCAUCGCCGCCCCCGUUAUCUCCAAGGCUGUUGUUGCCGCCCCGGUCCAUCACGUCGGCCACUCGCACACCUAUUUCCAGAAGCAUCACGUUGCCCCAGUCAUUGCUAAGGCCGCUAUUGCCACCCCUAUUCAUGUAGCCGCCCCCGAGGCUAUUGGCCACGGGUACGGUUAUGGUAUUUCUUUUAGCCAUGGACAUCAUGGGUAUUAAGCGGAGAUAGACUGAUAUAUCUGUUAAAGCAAACCUAGUUGAAUAAAUCUAAAAAGCAGAAAUUAUCAGUAAUAAUACUAUAGCCUUUUGAUUUUCGCCAAUAGCAUCUAUUACAGCCACUGAAAUGUUUUAUAAGGUCUUUCUUUAAGGUUUACUGCUAGUAAGACUUGAAAUUCAACGAAACCAACCCUAUAAAACAUAAGGCACAGCUUUUUCGUUGACCGAAUUAGCAUUUGUUCCAGUGAAGCAAUGCAUCAUCCAAGGCCACAAUGGUAAAUUCUUCACCAAUACCUAAUGAUUUUUUAAGUAUUGAGCUCCCAUUUACUUUAUCGAAAUCGGCAUCAUUUGGUUGCCUCAUCAGUUCUACAAAGUGGAGUUUGAUCAAGGCCAAAGUCUGGUAACAAAAUAAAAAACAUUCCAGCAGCAAUGCGUAGGAUGUCA